AUGGCAGAAGGGGGAUCUCAUUAUUGUUCUAAGAAGACUGAUGAUAUUUGUGAGGAGAAUUUAAAUUUUUUCACUAUUAAUCUCUUGAGGUGGUGCGAUGACAUACCUUCAAUCCUCCAUCUUCGGUUGAAGAACUAUUUGUAUUCAUUCGAGUUUCUUGUCGAUAAUAAUAGCUGGAGAGCUUCGAUUCACAGAUAUCAAUCUGGGAAGACGAAGUAUGCACAUUAUCGGCAAUCUGACGACAUUUUGGCAGAUGCAGGGUGGCAUUGUAGCUUUUGCUUCCGACGCAUUAAGGAGUUCAUUUUCAAGAUGAAAGCAUACAGUCAUGUGGAUCGUGUCAGGUUUUCUCAUUAUAUGAAUCCUAGAAGAAUCCAAAGAGUAAUCUGCCGAGGGGCUGAUUUAUUCGAUAUGCUACCUGAAGAAUACACCUUUAAAGAAAUCAUCGGGAAAAUGGGGCCGAUUCCCCAUUCAUACUCAGCCGUGCAUCUCCCUGCAUAUCUUUUACGAAGUCCUGAAGAAUAUAAAUUUCUCUUGCCCGGGAAUUGCAUACGAGAAAGUGGCUGAAUUAAUAGAUCCCAUAGGCUUCCUUUUCAUGAAGGUAGAGUCCCCAGCUGAGGAGGAUUUCAAUCACCAAUUGUUGACUGAGGUGUGCUGCUUUUAUAAUCAUGCUACAUGUCCAGUCAUAGUUAUAUCAUUCUUUUACAAAUGUUUUGGAGGAAAAAAUGGAUGUAUUCUUGGAUUUCUUGAGUGUAUUUUUGUAUAUAACUCUAUAUAGAGCUGGUUUUCAGGCGGAAUGGAUAGUAUUUAGUUACUACGAGAGAGUUUAACAACAGAAUUGCACUUGGAGGGUUGUGUAUUAAUUUGCAUUGAUGUGAUAUUAUCUGCGAAUUUCAUGCCCCAAAAGACUCACUGUGGUUUCUUGGAUAUCUUCAUGUUAAGCAAUUUUGAUGUGGGACUAAUUUAUUCAUAUUCUGUU